CAACAUCAUUGAGACUCACUCACUCUCAACCUCUCUCUGAGUGUGAGGCAGUCUCUCUUUCUCUCCGUCUAUCUCUAAACUCUAAGUGAUCGGAAUUCUCUCACCAAAAGUACACUGGCAUCAGAGUUGCAAGCUUUCCAGAAAGACGUGGUUUGGAUUAUUAAACCUACCGAAAUCCGCUGAAGUUUCGUUUAUGUCAGCUAUAAUUGGUCUGGCACGGAGAAAUGGAUUUUUAACUAAAACGCAUCCUAUACAAGACACGUACUUUUUUUUUAUUUAUUUAUUUACUUUUUUUCCACCUUUAUGGUGAAUCGGCUUGUCAGGAUGAACUUGCAGUGGAGCAGCCCGGCACCUUGCAUCCGGAGAAUCGCGCACAAGCGGCUGGACUCAGACGAUCAGCCACCAGCCAAAUGCGCGAGGUUGAGCGCCGAGGCGGGGGACACGCAGGGACUCCUCGGAACGUCACCUGGGUCCCCGGUCAGCCCUGUUACAAACGCUAUCCCCCCGAUCCACCAGGGUCCAUCCAGGAUAGGACCAUUUUUGCUUCUACCUCUGGCGGACCGGGAGAGCAUGCACAGCGCGAUGAACACCGAUACUGGCGAUGAGCUACUGUGUAAGGUCUUUGAUAUGGGGGUAUACCAAGAAAAGAUCCGAGCCUAUGGGAUUCUGCCAGCUCACAAGAACGUGGCUGGCAUCAGGGAUAUCAUCCUUGGCGAACGCAAGGCCUAUGUAUUCCUGGAUAAGGACUUUGGGGACAUGCACACCUUGGUGAAGAGCUGUCGCAGGCUGGAUGAGGAGCAUGCCUGCAGGCUCUUCCGCCAGGUUGCUCUGGCCGUGGCACACUGCCACCAGGCAGGCAUUGUGCUGGGUGACCUCAAACUGCGCAAGUUUGUCUUUGCAAAUGAAAAAAGGACACAUGUGAGAUUAGAAAGUCUUGAGGACUGCCGCGUCCUGGAAAAACCCAAUAAUGAUUCCAUGUCAGACACCCAUGGCUGCCCUGCCUACGUCAGCCCAGAGAUCCUCAGUGGCUCCACGCCUUACUCUGGCAAGAUGGCUGACAUGUGGAGCCUGGGAGUCAUGCUGUACACCAUGCUGGUCGGCCGUUACCCCUUCCAUGACCCUGACCCGGCAACGCUGUUUUCCAAAAUUCGCAGAGGUCAGUGCUGUUUGCCAGAGGGCUUGUCGCCCAAGGCCAGGUGUCUGCUCCUGAGCCUGCUGAGGAAGGAGCCCUCAGAGAGACUCACAGCGACUGAGCUGCUCGCUCACCCGUGGUUCCACCUGCCAUGGUCAUCCCAGGAAGUGCCGGCGGGUGAACAGGAAGUGGGCUCAGCGGAACAAAUAGUGCCAUCCUUUGACGUGGAAGAGGACGACAAUCUGUUCUGUUGACGGACUCCAUUCAACAUCUGACUGAGGGACCAAAAGAAAAAAAUUGCUAUGAGGGACGAAUAUUGUUUUUGUACAUUGGCACUUUUUAGAAACCCAUUAGUGUACCUUUGUGUGUACAUACGCCCUCCCCACCCCACCCCCCUCAAAGCUUUCUACAAAACUUACUGUACUGUAUUUUGUUGUCAUAUACAUGUUACUUGCUAAGGGCAUUCUUCACAAUGAUCUUUCAUUGUGCUUCUUUAUGUGCGUUUUGAAAAAGAUAUUUGGUGCUAAAAAAAAUCCCAGUGACUCAGAAUUUGUCAGAUUAGAUAGAAAAAAAUCUCUGCAGGCUUCUUUGAGUGUAUCAUAGAAAUUUCAAACAAUCAUUGCUGCUUGCUUUCGGCUCAAACUCAUGAAGCUUCACAAAGCAUUAGCUGAUUCUCGAACGGAAAGCAGGCGAACAGGCCAGGAUGUUGUUCCUCUCACCCUCCGACCGGGCUGCAGGCUUCACUAGGUGACUCACCGGCCGACUGGAGGACGGGCCAAACACAAGCCUGAUGUCUUGAAGCAGACAGUGACAUAGAGUGAGAAAGAUAGUUAGCAAGGGACUGAUGUGUCAUCCGCGGCGUGACACUAUGGAGAUGUCUCACUGCCGAUCUGGCAAGAUCUCAGCAAAUGGAGAGCACUUACAAAUCUCACACCAUGUGCAGAAGGUUGAGAAAGGCAGGGUGCUGCUGGUGUAAGACUGGCAGAAAAAUGCGAAAAACUUGUCACAUAGUCAACAAUAAAUAGUGACACCAGGCUUACACAAGUACUUGUAAAUGACUAACAGAAAAAAAAGGUUUUUCUCUUUGGUUACUAAAGUAUUCAGUUUAAAUUAAUAUCAGAUAUAUAAUUGAAAACAUGAGUUUGGGAACUGUUCAGCAAUGCAUUUCUUGCAUGAGUGCAGUUAGUCAUGGCUAAACCUAACACUAAUGCUUCUGGUUUCUAAUAUGAUUCUAAAAGCAGCACUGGUUUAAGAGCCAGUCACAUGCCUGAGCACCAACUGAUCAUUGGAUAACACUUGUGCCUGAAGGCAACUUUGGUCUUUUAGUAGCAAAAGUACAAAUAAACUGAAUUCAAACAUUACUCCUUACAGAUGGAAUAUGACCUAUCAGGAAUGGGGUGAAGACAAAAACAAGACGAUAACAUGAAAAUGGAAACUUUUAAAGGUUAAACCUGGAUGUUGUGUUGACGAAAUCUGAGCUGUGCUGAGUGUUGUGCCUGUGCCACUUUGUUUCAUAAACCGAACGAGACUCAAGUCGUAGUCAGGCGUUAUUUGAUGUUGGCUGUCUGUUGAUGACUCAACACUGAAGCGUGUCUGAAGAGAUUUGUUCUGACCUUGGCUGGAAGAAUCUGUUCAAACUGUUUCACUUCUUUAAAGGUAUUUUUCUUUUUUUUUUUUACCCUUUCCUCUUUUUUUUCUUUUGAAAGCCUUGGAUCCAUGGAGACUAGUCUUCAUAGUCAGUGACGUGAUGCAUCCAGCUCUAAAAUAAGGUAUAUGUUAGUUACAGAGCAACUUUAAGUCUUUUGACGGCUAUUUUGCUCUGAUACAAUAAUGUCGACAAUGCUAUUAAAUCUGGCACGUCUUAGGAGUACUGUGUAUUAACUUUCUGGGUCAUGCAGUAGCUUAUUAUAAUAUCUUUUUCAUUUAUUUAAUUAUUUUCUCUCAUCUGCUGGAGGUGGGAAGAGACUUGUGAUGAUUUGCAUUGUUUCUCACAGAGAAGUAAUUUAAAAGGUUUUGAUUUUGUUGCUGGUUCAUACAUACAAAGUGAGUCACGCUUUCAUGUGAUGUGUAGAAUAAACCGACACGGGUGCACAAUCUUAAUAUUGCACUGUUAAUUAUGUAUUUGUGACACAACCUUGAGGCUUUUUUAAGUCUAGACAGGUCACACAUAAGAGUUAUAUUCGUUGUACAAAAUAUGUAAAUAUGUAUAUUUGAAAUAUGUGUGGAGUUGUUGAAUAAAGAUCACCAUUUUUCAUAUUCA